GUCAAGUCGAGCAUUUUUUAUUUCACGUCAUCUUAGUUUACGGUUGUGUUUUUAUCAAAAUACAUAAUGAUUUUAUAUUAAUUUUAACACAUACCUUGUGAGGACAAUAAUCAAGAUGUGUAAUAAGUUAGCGAAUACUCGCCAUGCAUGAAUAAAGUGUAAAUUUAGACAUUGUGAAAACAUAGUGUUAGUGCACCGAUUUCAACUGAUCGUGAUCGAAAUGAGCGCCCAAAAGAAUAACGGGCCCCUCAUAGACCCAGCUCUGUGUAGAUGCUGCAGGGCUAUAAAAAAAUGUCGUGUCCUGACUGCAGAGUACACUUGGAUGGAGACCAGAGAGGUCUAUGCUGAUAUGAUCAUGGACUGUUUUGGCAUUCUUUUGUCUCAUGUAGACGACAAUGAAAAAGAUUCUGGCGUGUGCGCCACGUGCGUGGUGCGGCUUCGUGACGCGUGCGCAUUCCGCCAACAGGUGCUGCAGUGCGAGGAGCUGUUCCUGCAGGCCAAGCUGGAGGACAAGUCUGAAGUGGCAGAAAUAAAGAAGAACGUGGACAUAGAACUAAAAGCGGAGCCGAAGGAUGACGUGAGCGACCAUAACUCUGUCGGCGCACCGGAUUUAGAUGAUGGACAUUCGAUGGACUACUCCGUUGACGGUGCUGAAGACAUAAAACUGCCCAAGGAGGAAACCAAACCGGAUCUGCCCGAGCUACCCCCGGUACCGGACCUCCCCAAGUCUGAGGAGGAAAGCGACUACUCCAGCUCCGACUCCGAUAAGCCGAUCAAGAGGAGAAAAAAGAAGAAAGCCAACGGGGAGAAGAAAAAGAAAACUGGCAAGAAACUUAAACCAGGAACAUCAAAAAAGGAGAAAACACUAAGGAUACCCAAAAAGCCGCCGUCCGAGAAGCGAAACACCUACGACAGAGACCUCGACUGCAUGUCGGAGGAGAACCUGCUGACAAUAAUACAAUAUUCCUACGUCUGCCCCUUCAAGAACCGCAGAAACAACUAUUACUGCUUCUACUGCAAGGAUUACUACCCGAAGCCUGAAGAUCUGCGGGAGCACACAAUAACGCACGACACAAAACCCUUCCAACUGCUAAUGGGCUAUAGGAAAAUGCCGAAACUCGAUAUAACGCGAAUCGACUGCAGAUUGUGCUCGAUGAAAAUCAACGAUUUGAACGUAUUCAAGCAGCACGUGGACCAAGUACACGGGAAGAAGAUUUAUUUCGAAGCACCCGAUAAGAUGUUGCUGUAUCGCUUGACGUGGAACGAUUUGGUUUGUGUCAUGUGUAACGACGUGUUCGAAGACUUCAACACAUUGAACACACAUAUGGUGGAACAUUUUAGUAAUUUCACUUGUGAUAUUUGCGGCGUAUGUUUCCUGGAGAAACCUCGGCUGGAUGCCCAUUUGAAGAGGCACAACGACGACGAACGGCACACGUGUGAGAUUUGUGGUAAAGUGUUCAAAUCGAACCAUUACAAGGAUAUGCACGUGGACGUUGUUCACAAGAAGAAAGCGAUCAUUCGGUGCCCUAGGUGUGAUGAGUGUUUCAUGUCGUACGCUUUGAAGAACAAACAUUUGACCGAAGCGCAUGGACAGAAAAGGACGUACCCGUGUAACUUGUGUGACAAGGUUUAUAACAGGCAGAAAACAUUGACGGAGCAUCAAAGACGUAAUCACCAGAAGGUUUUGAAGCACCAGUGCGAAUACUGCGACCAGAGGUUUUAUUUGCCGUCUCGUCUGAAGGAGCAUAUGGCCACUCACACGGGAGAGAGGAACUUCCGCUGUGAACAUUGCGAUAAGAGUUAUCCGAGACUGAAAUCUUUACAAUAUCACAUACGGACCCACACGAACGAUAGGAGGUACCGUUGUCAUAUAUGCGGACAGGCGUUCAUUCAGAAUGCCAGUCUGAAAUCUCAUAUCAAGAGCCAUCAUCCAGAGUGUGAUAUAGAUGGAUGUUAUUUUUAGUCAAUUAUAAUAGGUAUGUUAGGUUUUAAUUAGUGCAUCGUGGUGUAAGUGUGCAGUUUCAGACGCAACCAGGAGAAGUAUCCAGGUAAAUUUAGUUAUCUAAGCGACUAAGCGAUAAAGUAUUAUUCUUUCUCAGAGAUUUCCUUCUCACUUCACUGGAGAGGAGCCCGGAGUGCUCCUUUGAGUAGAGAUACAGUCAACAAUAUAAAUAAUUAUAAACCUUUUAUACAGGGUUAAAAUGAUGUCUACAUACAUUAUGUCGUAUGAAAGUAAAAUGCAGCCAAAUUAUCAAAACUCAUUGAACAAAUAUUUUAAACCGACUUCAAAAAAGGAGGAGGUUCUCAAUAUGUCUGUAUUCUUUUUUUUAAUGAUACGGUAUAUUUCCGGUAUUUAUAAUCCGAUUUGAAAAGUUAUUUAAUUUUUUAAAAGUUAUGAAAAUGUCCGUGUUGUCUCAUAAAAAAUCGGUUAAGGUCUGGUCAUAAAUAUGGUAGAUAUUCCAGGGAAUACCUCAAAAAAUAACAUAGCUUCUGUUUAAUAACAGCGACUAUAAGAUUAAAAAAAAAUACAUUUAAAAUCACCCAUCACAAAUUUUGCACACAGACAGACAGACACAAACACGCACACUCUUUUUUGCACCGGGGUUAAGCUUAGAAACCUCUUGAUUAAAUCAUCAUUAUUUAUUAUUUUUGCGCAUUCACUUGCCGAUAUUUGGUAUUCUUUCACCACUUUCACCUCCCACAACUUUUAAACGGCUCAACAGAUUUUCAUCAAAACAUAUCGAAGAACACUCGCACGUAAAUCACGUUUAAUUGUCACGUCAAACUUAUACACUCUUUUUUUCCGUCAG